ACAGAGACUCUCAGCCUCAAUAAUAGUCAAAUCCAUCCAUCAUUCGUUUGCUAUGGCUUCUUCUAGCUCUCAACAAAACAAGCAUUCUCCUUCUACUUCUACUGUGAUUUCUUUCUUUAAGAUUAUCCUCAAACAAGCUCUUCAAGAUGAUGACUUUAAGUUACCAAUAAAGUUCACUGAAAAAUAUGGUUCUGGCCUAUCAAACCCAUUGUAUCUUAAGCCUCCGGAUGGUACUGAAUGGAGAGUAGAUUGGACUAAUCAGGAUGGUGAAAUUUUGUUUAAAAAGGGUUGGAAAGAGUUUGUUGCAUAUUACUCUCUUGAUCAUGGCCAUUUGUUAUGGUUUGAUUAUAAUAUUGGAACUUCUCACAUGGAAGUACACAUAUUUGACAUGGGUUGCCUCCAAAUAGAGUAUCCUGACAAUGAUCAGAUCAAAGAGCAGCUGCCACGCAGAGAUCAGCAGUCAGUGAAAAGGCCAGAAGAACAAAAAACUAGACAUGUGGAUAGCAGUCCCAGCACCCAAAACAUGAGACUUAACGAGGGACCGCAGAAGAAAAGAUUGAAUGAAUUGCCAAGAGAAGUCCGGGGCCAACCGACUAAAAAACUGAGAGCACUAGUGUCAUCUGCUUCUAAAAGUAGACAAUUGGAAAAUGACACACAAAUCAGGGAUGUUGAAAGAAGCCUCAAUUCACACGGUAUUAAAUCCAAAGAGAAAAACCGUGAGAUGCUAGUGUCUGUCAAUCAAGAUUAUAAUGGCAAAAGGAAUAGAAGAAGAAAAGAUUCUGAAUCUUCUAUUAGGCCCUGUCCUGCAAGACCUGAAUCUCUGAAAGAAGCUAAGAAGUUUAAAUGGGAAAAGCCCACUUUCAUCAUCAAGAUAACGCAACGGUCUCAAACGAGAGCACCAUGUUACUUUUCAACUAAAUUCUUCAGAAAGUAUUUUGAAAAUAAUCCACAAAAUGCAAAUAUAAGGUUUGGAAAGAAGUUGUUCCCUGUUAAGUUGAUCUAUAGGCCAUCAUCAUGUGUUGCCUUUAUCUCUGCUGGUUGGAACCUUUUUGCUCGAGCUAGUCAAUUACAAGCCGGAGAUGUUUGUUUGUUUAAGCUCAUCAAUAGAAAGGAUCCGGUGUUUGAUGUUCAUAUUUGUCGUCGACAACGCCGCGAGUCACUUUCCAAACCAGUGACUCAUGUGAUUCAGCUCCCAAAAGAAGUUAAGGAGCUCAACUCACAGAAUCCCUCUUUCAUGGUUAAGAUAAGAGACAGUGAUCCAAGAAGAUCAAGGCCUAACUUAUCAGCUAUCUUCUACAGAAAGUAUUUUAAAAAGAAUCAGCAGGAUGUAAAAUUACAGUUCGGAAAGGAGUCGUGGCCUGCUACGAUAAUCUACAAUCCGACAUCGAAAAACAGCUUUAUUUCGGCUGGUUGGAGCUCUUUUGCUAGAGCAAGUAAAUUAGAAGCUGGAGAUGUUUGUGUUUUUGAGCUCAUCAAUGAAAAAGAUCUGUUUGAUGUUCAUAUUUGUAGAGCCCAAUGCUAGGCUAAUGUAUUAUAACUUCAGGAACUAAGAGCUCAUAAUUCUUAAAUAAGGUUAAUUUCGUGAAGAAUGUAUCACCUUUUUUUUUUCUUUUCUGUUGAAUCAAACUUCUACUGUAUCCAAUCCUUUUUGGUUUGGACCAGUUAUAUAUAUAUAUAUGUAUGAACUAAGUGUUUUAAUUUUA